UUCCUGGUUCCUGGUUCCUGGGCACAGGGAUCUGAUCAGCCGAGCUCAGAGAUCAUGGACAUCGAAGCAUAUUUUGAAAGAAUUGGUUAUGAAAACUCCAGGAAGAAGCUGGACUUGGAAACAUUAACUGACAUUCUUCAGCACCAGAUCAGAGCCGUUCCCUUUGAGGACCUUAACAUACACUGUGGGGAACCCAUGGAGUUGGACUUACAGGCUGUUUUCGAUCACAUUGUGAGAAGGAAGCGUGGAGGGUGGUGUCUCCAAGUCAAUCAACUUCUGUACUGGGCUCUGAGCACAAUGGGUUUUGAGACCACAAUGUUGGGUGGGUAUGUUUACAUCCCUAAGAUUGAAAAAUACAGUAGUGGUAUGGUUCACCUCGUACUGCAGGUGACCAUUGGUAGCAAGAAAUACCUCGUUGAUGCUGGAUUUGGUUCUUCCUACCAGAUGUGGGCGCCUCUGGAGUUAAUUUCUGGGCAGGAUCAUCCUCAGGUACCUUGCAUCUUCCGUUUGACAGAAGAGGAUGGAAUCUGGCACCUAGACCAGACCAGGAGAGAGCAGUAUGUUCCCAAUAAUGAAUAUCUUAAUUCUCAUCUCCUGGAAAAGAAUACAUACCGAAAACUCUACUCCUUUACUCUUGAACCUCGAACAAUUGCAGAUUUUGAGUCUGUGAAUAUUUACCUGCAGGAAUCUCCAUCAUCUGUGUUUGCUGGCACAUCACUUUGUUCCUUGCAGACCCCAGAAGGAGUCCACUGUUUAGUGGGCUUCACCCUCUCCUAUAGGAGAUUCAAUUAUAAGGACAAUGUAGAUCUGGUAGAGUUUAAGACUUUGGAUGAGGAAGAAAUAGAAGAAAUGCUUAAAAACAUAUUUAAUGUUUCUUUGGAGAAAAAGCUUGUGCCCAAACAUGGUGAUCAGUUUUUUACUAUUUAAGAUGCAAAACAAACCUAUUUACAUUUAUAAUCCAGCUCACCAGUUAUGAACUGAUGACCUAUCAUAUUUCCUCUAAACCCCUACAGUUUAUUGAAGAGAAUCCUGGAUAUGAAAUCAUUUCACCUG